GCCGUCCGACUUAGUCUACUCUGCAACAUCGUUCAAAAGUUAUUCUAUAUCUCGUUAAAUUACUCCUUUUCUUCCUGAGAUCAACAGAAGUCGAUAGAAAAAUGCCGGCACGCAACAAGGAACAAGAAGGGGAAGUUCUCACUUGGAUCGAGGACGUACUCGGUGAAAAACUUCCGCCAGGAAAUUACGAGGACAUUCUCAAAGAUGGUGUUGUACUUUGUAAAUUAAUCAACAAACUUGCACCUGGUUCCGUCAAAAAGAUACAAACUAAAGGAACGAAUUUUCAACUUAUGGAAAAUGUUCAAAGGUUCCAAGCAGCUAUCAAGGAAUAUGGUGUACCACAGGAAGAAAUCUUUCAAACUGCAGAUCUUUUUGAAAGACGCAAUAUUCCUCAAGUGACUCUUUGUCUUUAUGCACUUGGCAGGAUUACUCAAAAACAUCCGGAAUACAAUGGACCCCGUUUGGGACCAAAAAUGGCUGAUGAAAAUAAAAGGACGUUUACGGAAGAACAAUUGCGUGCCAGCGAAGGUCAACUCAAUUUACAAAUGGGAUUCAACAAGGGUGCGAGCCAAGCGGGUCACGGUGGAUUUGGAACCACUCGGCAUAUGUAGAUCUAUGUGAAAUCGGAACAGUUAUUUAUUGUUACAUCUCGCUAUAAAUCGAUCAAUCGAAUUAAAAAAAAAAAAAAAA